GGAAGAUUCGGAAAAUAAACCGGAAGUGUUUUUUUCCAGCGAUAUUCUCGCAAAAUUCGAGUUUAACCAGAAUUACAAUUGUGAUUUACUUAUCAAAUACAUUUUCAGCAUUAUAUAUUGCCACUCAAAAUUAUAGAUAAACGUUGCUGUAAACGAAGCCAGAGGGAAAUCCAAUCUGACGUCAUACUCCGAAAAUUUUAUAUAUGGCGGCGCGAAUUCUAGGUUUCAUCACGUGACCCGAUGCCAUUGUGAGCGAAGAGACCCAGAUAUAUUCAUUGUAUAUAGAGUGUGUAAAUACUGUAUAGUAUGAGUACUACACUGAGCACAAGUCGUGCCAGCAACCGGCAGAAUAAGGAAAAACAUGUCAAAGCUGCCAAAGACACAACACAGUCCAGAACAGAGGGACCAUCAGAAAAGGCCAAGGCCACUCCAGAGCAAAUGAGACUAGCACAGCUUACAUCUGUUCACUCGAAAGAGGAUGCAGAAUUUGAAAGGAAAGUCAGUCAGGUAAUGGAAAUUACUGGGAGAGACAAAAAUUUGUGUGAAAUAGCUUUACAAGACUGCAAAAAUGACACAGAUCGAGCUGUUAACAUGCUACUGGAAAAUAAUUUCGCAGAGGGAAUGGGUGAAUGGAGGGAAACGACAAAGAAGAAGAAAAGACCAGCACCCUCCACCAAUUCCAACAAAACAGACCCCAGCAGUAAUCACAUAGAAGAGGAAGCUCCUAAAGUGGAACAGAACACAGAUACAGAAAAACCAGAAAGACGGGAACGACCGGAGAGCAGCAGUCGACGAAACAAACGACCUGAUACCCGCCCCCCUCGUCUGGCUAACAAGGGGAGGGGGCGAGACAAGCCUGAUUACUUUCGUACUGACAAGAUGAAUGGUGAUACAGAGAAUGACAUUAAUUUUGGAACAUUCAACAAAGAACGUGAUGGUGAGGGGAGUCGUGGACGUGGUCGAGGGAGGGGUCGUGGCCGGGGCCGGGGUGCUGGAGGGACCAGCAGUGGCCGAGGAAGAAGUUUUAACAGACCACAGAGAUUUGAGGGUGGUCCUCAGAUUGACACAUGGACCAAUGAGACAGCUGAGAAUGCAGAGAAGGAGAAUUUCACAGGUGGCUGGGGAGAUAUGGAAGAUUGGAAUGAAGAUCAGUGGACUGGAAAUCUCACCGAAUCCAAGGUGUUUACGGCUUCAACACAGAACACUCAGAAAUCCGAGAAUUCCAGCAGCUUGAAUGAUUCCUCCAAUGGAAUUGGUCAGAGAUUAGAUCUUGGAGCUUUACUACAGAAGCCCAACAGUGAUUCAGAAUCAGCCUUCAUAUCCCAGUUCAACCAGCAAGCUACCGAGUCCAUUAAAAACUCCAUUGGCAUUGGUUCUGGGAAUCGAGCGCAGUAUUCUAGUCAGGAGUCUAGUCGGUCCACUUUCAGUGGCAGUACUCUGACAAGUUCGGCAUUGACCAAUCAUCUGCAGUCCUCAUCUUUGACCUCCCAGCUUCCUAGCUCUUUGGCCAGUGACAUAACAUCGUCACUGUCAAAUUCUCAGGCCACAGCAGCAGUUGAUGCCCUGGUUUCAACAUUUACGCAGCAGGGUCAGAACAUUGCAGCUAACGCCAAUCUGGACCAAAUCAAUAGCGGUAAUUUACUGCCAUCUCAGAAUUCCAGUUCAGACUCCUCUUCUACAGGAAAUCUGCAAUCUGUGUUACAACAACAGAGACCAAAACCUCAACGGUCAAAACUUCCUCCACCUUCAAAGGUAACCCAGAUUCCUGCUUCAGCUGUAGAAAUGCCGGGACACCAGAAGCAUCAGAUGGGAAAUCUGGAUGUCCAGUUUGGGAACUGGGAGUCUUCUGCUGAGACCUCACUUUUCAGUUUCGGAUCCUCGGUGGACUCUGUUGCCAAGAGCAUGGCUAGUAGUACACUACCUAGCAGUACAAACACUUCAAUGAACAAUCAUAUUUCUCAACAAAAUGAAUCUGUGAUGACAGAGAGGAAUUCAACUCCUCCCAACAGCAGCUCAUCAAUGGCAAAUCAGGAAUCUCCAAGAACCAGCAUGUUUCAUAACUCACCCUACACAACUCCAACCAAAAAAGACACUUCAGCUCUUAGCCAAAAUCAGAGGAGUCCACAUGAAAGCAUAGCAUUCCCUCAAUCUCAGACUGACCGGAAAUCCAGUCCUAUGAUAGGAUCACAAAGACCAGGAUCAAAUCAAAGUUCCAUGCAGACAAGCAAAGCAGAUUCCUCACUGAAUUUUUCUCAGACUGCUCCCGGUGGUUACCAGUCUUCAUACCACCAGUCACAGUCUGUGCUCACCAAUUCCUCCGGGCUCAGUAACUCCUCAGGUCUAGCGAGGGAGGUUCCAGGGCUCUCUCGGGAGGCCCCGGGUCUAACCCGCGAUCCCUCAGUCUUGUCAUCCAUGGAUGCAGCUGGAUUGUCAGUGUCAAGUGGUCUUUCAAACUCAACCGGAUUAACAAACUCAACUGGAAUGUCUACUACAUCUGGACUAGUGAAUUCAUCAGGGUUGUCAAGUUCUAGAGAUCCAUCCUCAUUAACAGGUGCUCCAGGCCUGAGUAACUCAUCUGGAUUAACGAACACAGGGAAUCUCCAAAGUUCAGGACUUUCUAAUUCCACUGGUCUGUCAAACAGCAGUGGAAUGGGUAGCACUGCCUUCAGUACAACACAACAGAACUCCUAUCAGAGCCAAUAUCAAUCAAGCCAUUACCCAGCUAGUCAGAACCAGUAUCAAUCUGGUCAAAGCUCGUACAAUUCUGGUGCUUCACAGUAUCAAAAUCAAUACCAUCAGAACUAUGGACAGUCUGGCUCUUCAUUCCCUAAUCAAAAUUCAUAUGGAAGUGGAACUAGUUACAAUUCCCAAUCCUCACAGAGCUCUCUGUAUCAAUCUGUGCCCACUACAUACCCAAAUCAGAACCCUGCCUCUCAAAAUGCCCAGAAUUCCCUUUACCAUCAGUCAUCGCCCUCAUCUUACCAACAGAACAGUCAGACGUACCACAGAGACUCGCAGGCCCCCGGUGCCUACUCUACCCCUGUCUCUCAGUCUAACUCCAAUUCAUACCAAAGAGAUGGUAGUCAGUCAGGCCUUUCCACCACUGUGUCACAGACCCAGGCGGGAUAUGCAUCUCAGUCGUAUGGGUCGUCCCAGCAUCAAAACAGCUUGCCAUCCAACUUACAAACAUCACCCUUAAAUCCCAACAAAUUGGGAGAUUCUCUUUCCAAGAUGUCUGUGAAAGAUUCUUCCAUUGACACAAGGCAGUCACCUCAGUAUGAUUCCUCCUCCACGACAACAGCCAGUUUAACAGGAACAACCAGCACAACAUCGACAAGCGCACCCUCUAUGACGACUUCUACAGCCGGUAACAGUGUAUCCAAAACUAACUCCAUCAUCAAUAACAGUAGUACUUCAGCUCCCAGUGGUAAAGCACCUCCAAACCUGCCCCCAGGUGUUCUCUUAGGAAAUCCUCAGUACAUAGUUGGACAAGGCACUCUACCAUAUUUUGGUCUUCAACAACCUCUUUAUGGAUAUGAAGAUUUGCAGUUACUUCAGCAGAGGCUUCCUUUAGCGGGCUACAACUACGAUCUCUCUGGAUUUGGAGUUCCCACGACAUUAACGGGACGAGACCAACAGUCACUGGCAAAUGUGCCGUAUUCAGGGACAGACAACAAGCUGACGAGAGUGGAUGCCCAGUCACCCAUUCCUACGACGCAGACCUCCUCCCAGUCAACACACCAGCAACAACAGCAACAUUUCAUUAAUCUCCCGUACGGCUACUACUACCCCUCAGUACUUCCUAAUGCUGCUGCUGCUGCAGGCUUUCAGUUCCCAGGAACUCCAAUGUUUCCUGUCCCCCCUGUAACAAAUACAGCACAUGCAGGUACAGCAGCCUCCGCCCAGUUCCAGAAGUACGGAUCACACUAUGGAAGUAAACAAGGGUAUGAAGACUUGACUCAGGCAGCCGAUUUCUCCAAAUCCAGCUAUUUGAAUCAGUCCCAGAAUAAAGUGUCUUCAGUGUCAGGUGGAACAGUGACAGCUGCCGAUCUACCUGGUACAGGAUAUGGCAAAUCUCAUACACAGAUGCUUAAUUUGGGUGAUCGAGUUACAAAAUCCUAUCCUCCCAGACACCAACGAACGCAUGAUGCAUUUGACAAACAAGGCUUCGCUGCUGGUACUCCUCCCCCAUUCAGCCUGCCCCUAGCAGCUGGAACACAAGCUGGCCCCAUGGGAGCCCCUGCAAACCCUUAUGGAACUCCAGCACCAUUUGUUCCUAUGAUGCCCCACUCACAGAUUCUCCACCCUGGACUUCAUCAGGACACUAGCCCUGGAACAACCAGAGGAAGCCAACCACAGAAUACGUCCCAGUCCAAGGGGAAUGCAGCCAAGCCCUACAGCGUGGGAGGAUACUGGAACAACAACUAGGUGAAGGACAGCUGUCCCACCAAAUCAAACCAAAAAAAUCGAAAAAUUGUCUUUUUUCUGGCGUUCUUGAUGUACUCUUGUUCUCUAGUAACGAUGUAUAGUCUCGUACACGGGUGUGGAAUCGUGCAGACAACUGGGUGUUUUAGUGUGUCGCUCACAAUGGCAUAGGCAAAAAAGCAUUACGCAGAACGAAAACAGGUUAUCCAACACGUAUAUCUGGGUUUAUUUACAUACUAUAUGGAGAAAACCUCCAGAAAGAGAUUGUACAUAUUUUUUUUCUCUCUUUGUAUUCAUUCUGUAUUGGUCAAAGCUGUACAUUCAGUAGUUGCAUUGCUGUGCGUUUUAAAAAACUUUUUGCUGAUUGGGGAUAUAACCAAUGUAGGUGAAUUGUGCUUGCUGAUGUAAGAGAAAUGGCAGUUAGAGGUAUUUUUAUACAAGGUGUAAAUUCAUACUAUUUAUUGUGGCUUGGUCUUUGUUUUCACAGAAUGAAUUGGGUAUUUGUGCCUUAGUAGUCAGCACAAACAAAUAUGAUUGGUGCACAAGAUGACUGGUUCUUCAGUAUUUAAGAAUUCUGAUGCUGUUGAAAUCUUGGAACCCAACCCCCCUUGUUUUCUUUCAAAAGUUAAGUCGAACCACGUUUUAGGUGGUAUGUUUCUUAUCCAUUUACAACAUCCCCAAAAUGUUACUUACAUGUUCUAGUUGGUAUCAUUAUUUUGUAUAUAGCUCAGAUGUGAGGACAGGUUUUGUCCUGAAUAAGCUGAUCAAUUGUUUGAAUAUUGGUUGUAUUGAAUGUUUUCUAAAACCAAAUCACUGUGCAAGAUUUCUUGCUAGUGUAACAAAUAUUGUCACCAGAUCUUUGGUGUUUAAAGUGAGACAAGUAAAAUACUUUUAUGUGCAAGUGUGUAUUUCAAAGAUAAAUAUAUGUAUGCAUGUGUAAAAUUUUUUAACAUUUUUCUCACGUAAAUCCUUGUAAAUAACAUUAUUGUACAUUUCUCAUUCAGUAUGGUACAAGUUUAUUUUGCUUUUUUAUUAUUAAUGGAGACUUGCGUAACGUAAAUUUCUAUUGUGCUCAUAAUAAAUUGAUGAAAUAAAA